ACGGUCCGCCGCCCAAUCAGCGGUGGGCGGCGCUGCGCGGGGAAGAUGGCGGACGAUAAGGACCCGCUGCCCAAGCUGAAGGACCUCGCGUUCCUGAAGGACCAGCUGGAGAGCCUGCAGCGCCGCGUGGAGGGCGAGGUGCAGGCGGGCGUGGGGCAGGACGGCUCCCUGCUCGCCUCCCCCUUCCUCAAGGGCUUCCUGGCCGGGUACCUCGUGGCCAAACUUCGCUUCUCUGCUGUCCUGGGCUUUGUGGUUGGCACCUGCACGGGGAUCUACGCUGCUCAGAACUACGCUGUGCCCAACAUUGAAAAGACAGUCCGGGACUAUGUCAGCUCGCUGAAAAAAGGCCGGGACUAGCGCGGGGCCCUUCGACAGCGGUGACUAGAGCAGUUACUCCUUGGUCAGCAGGCGCAGGAGAUCCCUGAGGCUCACAGAGGCACGUCACACACACACCGUUCCUUUCCACUGGAAAAGGGCUUUACACCACGUUGGUGUGAGACACCAGCAGGUCUGGUGAUGGGGUGUUCAUCACAGCAUCGUGACAGCGACAGUUGCCCCACUGAUCCACAAUAGCUUGGAAGCGUCGGCAGCCAACGGUUUGCCAGCUGCCUUUCCCCUGCCGCUGUCCCCAUGUCCCUGCAGACGGAACAGCUGCCUGCGACGUGUCACCACGUUCCGCACCCGUACACCCUUCUGCUGGGCGCACGCUUUGCCCCAGGAACGUGCUUUGUGUGGCUUCUCAAGGAGACCUGUAGUGCUCUUCCUAGUGACAGACAAAAUCCUUCUCCUCUACUGCGUCAGAAAUGUAGCAGGAAACGUCCUGUUUUAAUCAGGCUCAUUAAAUUCAUGGUAUUUAGUCUCUUCUUGAGUGUUCUAGGGUGCGAGUCUGCCUGGCCUGUUUGUGCUGACAGCAGCUUGCCCUUCUGCCUGCCACCUGAAAAUGGUGACACUUGGUAACGCCGCUGGCCCCGCACGGCGGGUGCUCCGCAGGGGGCUCUGGGGGCUGAUGCUGCUCCUGUCUGUAGCCAUAUACGGCUCUCACGCUCCCCUCCUCACCCUCUGCAAGGUGGAUGGGACGAUCCCCUUCAGCUCCGCGUCCGUCGUGGUUCUUGUCGAGCUGACAAAACUGCUGCUCUCCCUCCUCUUCCUGCUGACCUGCAACCGGGACCUGCUGCGUGUGGCUGUGUCGUGGCGCCACAUCAUCCCCUUCGCCCUCUCUGCUCUGCUCUAUGCUGCCAACAACAACCUGGUGGUCCACAUGCAGCUCUUCAUGGAUCCCAGCACCUACCAGGUGCUGAGCAACCUGAAGAUCGUCAGCACUGCGCUCCUCUACAGCCUGUUCCUGCGGCAGAGGCUGGGAGCACGCCGCUGGCUGGCGCUGCUGCUGCUGCUGGCUGCGGGGCUGAGCUACAGCUGCGGCGGCCUGCGGGACCCCGGCAGCACCUCCGAGAUGCAGCUGCACGUCACGCUGCUGGGCUUGGUGCUGCUGGCAGUUUACUGCCUCAUAUCGGGCUUGUCCGCCGUCUACACGGAAGCCAUCCUGAAGAGCCAGGCGCUGCCGCUCAGCCUUCAGAACCUCUUCCUUUACUUCUUUGGGGUCCUGCUCAACUUGAUGGGCUACUUGUGGAGCAGCGCGGAGGGUGGGUUCUGGGAGGGCUUCUCCUCCUGGGUGCUGGUGAUUGUGCUCAGCCAGGCCUUGAACGGCUUGAUCAUGUCCGUGGUCAUGAAGCACAGCAGUAACAUCACCAGGCUCUUCGUCAUCUCCUGCUCCAUCCUGGUCAAUGCCCUCCUGUCCGUCACCCUCUUCAACCUGCAGCUCACCCUCCUCUUCUUCGUUGCCGUCUCAUGCAUCGGCCUCGCUGUUCACUUGUACUAUGGGGUGACGUAGCUGUUGACCCUGCCCUGCGUGCCCUGGGGUGAUCUCCAGCCGUUCUCAGGGGUGCUCUCAGCUCCUCAGCGGGCCUCUCCCAUCGGCCUUGCUGCGCUGCUGAUGGCAGGAGGUGUUACUGGUGGAUGGGUGCAAGAGCAGCACUGUGGGGGGAGGUCCCUGUUCUGGGGGGACACUGGGCCCCACUCCAGCCCUGCUGAGCUCUGCCACGGGGCUCCUGCACCCUUGGGUGCCCCCAGCCGCCCCAGUGGGUCCUGAAUGUUCUUGCAGUGUGUCACGUUUUGAGCUGCAUCCCCACCUUCUCCACACCAAAGAGCGCACCCGUUCCUUGUGCCUGUAAAUGCUGCGCUGUGGGCUCUGUGCGCGGGCAGCUCUGCUGCACGACCGCUGCCCGGCCAGCCUUGCUCUGACACCGUCUCCCCUCCCAUGGGUGGUGUGUCCCCAUGUCAGGGGGGCCAUGUCCACUCGACAUGCUCAGCUGAUCCCCAGCCCGUGGCCCCAGGGGAGCCCCAGUGCUGCAGGAGGUCACCCUGCUGGGCUGAGCCCCCCGAGGUGGGCAGAGGUUUGUCCCUCCGGGUCUGUGGAGGUACCAGCCACGUGCACAGGGCUGGGCUCUGCUCCCUGCAGAACUGCACAUGGGGGCAGGGGCGUCUCUCCCCCGUCUGCAGUUUUCCAGCCCCUGGCUGAAGGGCCCCUCUCCUCAGCCUCAUUCCCCUCAGUUGUGGUGUUGCUGCCCUGUGCAGAGCAGAUGGGGAGUGGGGGGUGUGGGAUCUGCUUUGCCUGCUCCCAAAAAGGGAGACAGGGCUUGGAUUUGUACCAAGGUGGUGGCUGGUGAGCUCCUGGCUCCACUGGCCCUGGCCGAGGGUAUUAAAGCUGCGGUUCAACAGUA